UUGACUGAUUGGACUUUUGAUUUGUCUAAUAUCUAGACGGUUGUAGUUUUAUUCUAUUAAAAUCCAAUCCCUGACAUCCGGUAACACACAAAAACAACGAUAACUUAUAGGUGGCAUAUCUAGACGUCCACGAAGUGAGUAAUAGACCCCGGCGAGGCACAUUUAUAAGGCCAGAGACGAAAUUAGUUUUUUUUUUUCACUCCUCAUGUGAAUUAUACCCAUUUUUCCAUUAGGUUUAAAUACGCUCAUUUUUCUCCCAUUCAAUCAUCUUUCAAGUAAAUUAUCUUUGCAUGCGACUCCAACACACAUUAAACUUUAUCACUUUAUUUUUGCCCCUAUAGACAUUUCUAGAUGUUUAAUUUUUAACCAUAAGAAAUAUCAGAUAAGAGGUGAUGACUUUAUAUACAUACAUGUCAAUGUACAUAAUAUACAUACAAGUACGUUAUAUAAAAGUUUAUAUCAAAUUGAAUUUGAGCACAGUCUGGUCUGUACAUAUAAAAAGACUUGUUCCUUUGAAUUGCUAAUCAGUCAGCAAGUUAUUUCAGCGGAGUGAGUUGUGUUUUAUUGUUGGAGAAGUCAUCAAAGUGUUUAGAAGAGUUCCUACGUUUAAAUGUGUAUUUAUUAGUUUCAUUCAGAGUUGGUACAAUAAAUUCAAGAUUGAACAGCAGCAUUCAUUCAUUCUCCAUUUGAAAUAAUCAAUUUAUUAAUAUAUUAAAUGCUGGGUCAAGCAACCUUCUGUGCAUAAGAUUUUUGUGAAAGACAACACAUUGAAAGCAAUUGGAUAUAAUUGUGGUUAAAAGUGAAUUCAAAAGGAAAUUCCCAAAGAAAAAAAAAUGAAUCAAUCAGAAGAUCACUCGAUAAACGACUCAAAAGCAUCAACUUCAAAUGGUGCCCCAAGAAAUAGUGAAGAAAAUUGCGAAAGCUCCAAUGAAAUACAAAAUAACACAAUAGCUGUGAACGACAAUCAGAGCCUUUUGCCGCAUUUGGAAUCUUUUGAGCGGAUGAUGAAACUUCCAGUCGUGGAAGCAGCAUGGAGUCAAAGUCAAGAUGUUUAUGGAAAAGUGAAAAGUUCAAAUGCAAUGUUCAAUUGGGCCUUCAACACCGCUGAAGAUGCUCUUCGUGGUGCUGUACACAUAACUGCUCCAUUUGUACAAAGAUUCGAUCGACCAAUUCAUAUUGUGGACCAAACACUUAUGCGAGGAAUGGACAAACUAGAGGUGAAGGCGCCCAUCAUUAAGGAACCUCCACAGGAAAUUUACAAUCAUGCAAAAACAAAGAUAAUUGAACGCGUGCAACCGCAUAUAAACAAAGUUUGCUCACUGCGAAGUGCCAGUCAACAGAAAGCGGCAUCCCUUAAGGAAUUAUCUUGGGCAAAGGCCAAUGAAGUCCUUGCAACACAAUACGGGAGUAUGGCUGUUUCCGGAGUUGAUACAACUGCAACUUUGGCUGAACGAUUAUUGGACUACUAUUUCCCAAGGGCAGAAAGUGACGUUGAAGAUGAUAAUUCUCCAAUUUCCGCCAAAGAAGACCCAGUGUUGCACACCGUUCAAACAGUUGGACGCCUUUCCAAUAAAAUUGCCCGAAGAGUCUACCACACCGUGUCACGCCAAAUGAAACAUUUAAAGAAGCAGGACGUCCAUGAAUAUGUUGCAUCACUAAUUGCCGUACUACGCUUAACACAGUAUUUAAAUUUCAUUAAUGAAAAGGUGACGUCCAUUCAAAGUACCGCCAGUUCGAGCAAAUCCAACAGUGAAACACAAAAAGUGGUCGCAAAUAACAAACAAUGAUCAAAUCUAGAAUUAAACUUUUAGAUUAGGAAUGAUCACAAAUCAUCUACAUUUUCUUUUGUAAUUUCAUAAAAUUGAUGAUUAUUUUAUUAAAAAGAAUAAUUUUUAUAAAGGA